UUUUUUUUUGUACAAAAACAAAAAAAUCAUGCUGAAUGCUUGUAUUGCCGAUCAGCAUUUCUCAUCAAUGCUUUUCUGUUGUUUUUCAAAGCUGCUGAAUAUUUUAUUGGUCAAGCAAAACGUUGCUGCUAACUUUCAUGAAAAGGUUGGAAUACUUUUCAGUUUAUACACAAACUUGUCAAAGCAACUUUCAUGAAAAACUGCUCAACCAAACUGAAUCCGUCCAAUUCUUUUCGUGUAUUCUUUAAAUUCAUGGAGUCAUCUCAUUCAACAAUUUCAUUGCAACAUAUGAUUUUGCUUAGGGAAUCUGUGCUACCUAACUUUUAUUGCAAUAAUAAUAAAAUAUCAUUCAAAGAAGAAAAAGAACUGAAAUCAUUUAUAUUUCAUUUAUAUCGUUAGUGAGUGGUACAAAUUUUAUAUGGCUGGAGGGUUGGCCCAAUGGUAGUAGGCUGGCCCUGCCUGCCCCCAUCAUCAUAUAUUAGUGAGGUGUUUCUGGUGAUUUGAUUUUGAUCUUUACUUCUAUUUCACAACUGCUGGUGCUACAAUAUCUAUAUUUGAUUUAAUUUUUCUGGGAAGGAAAAUGGAGACUUAAAAUAACUUUAAACAGAAAAAAAAAAGAAAAAGAUAGACAAAAAGAGCCAAAACUGGGUUUUAAUUAAAACGAAACCAAAACCCAACCGUUGAAUUAUACUAAUUGAAUCAAAUAAGCAAAAUCGAAACCAAAAAAAAAAAAAAUUCCUUUACUCUUAUCUUUUCAUUCUUCCUCAGGAAUUUCUCUCUCUCUCCCUCCUUCGCUUUCUCUCUCUGUCUCUCUGUCUCUCUCAUGAGUAAAUUAAUUAAAAUGUAAAUGUAAUGUAAGCAAUAAGAAAGGAAAAACCAUGGAGUUCUAAAAGCUUCUGAAAUUGAAGACCCAGAUUUUGCUUCGCAAAAAUGGAGGUCCCUUUUUUAAGGUCAAAUCAAAGGACAAAACUUUGAAGAAAAACAAAGGGUACCAAGAAAAAAAAUAUCGAAACUAUGGAAGAUUCAGGUGAAGUGCAGACUAAAGAGAAUAAAGUUUCUCUAGAUGUGUUUAAGAAAAGAACGCUCAAGACACCAGCCCAGGUUACGGCUCUGGAGAGCUUCUACAAAGAGCACAGAUUUCCUUCAGAUGAAAUGAAAGCACAACUGGCAGUUCAGAUAGGGUUGACAGAAAAGCAGAUAUCUAGUUGGUUUUGUCAUAGAAGGUUAAAAGACAAAAGAAGAGAUGAAUCCUAUGCUAAUGGGCGACAGGAUCAUUCUAGUGGUGUUAUUCAGGAUCGUGGUAGUGGGCUCAGGCAAGAUUCUUGUGGCAGUAUUAAGCAGGGUGAUUACAGGAAUAUUGAUCCGAGGGAGGUUGAAAGUCAAAGGAUUUAUGGCCAAGAUUUUCCAGCUGCUGACCUCAAAUAUGAGCGUAGGAGUCAUCAAAAUCCACAUGAUGCUCAGAUGGAGGAUACAUCUUCUGAAAGUAGUUUGUCUUUACAUGAUCAACUUUUUUCUGAAAAUAGGGACCCUUACGAUAUGCAAAAUUCUGCUAAACUUGCAGAAAAUGGAGCAAUUAUGCAGAUAAACCCUAGGAGUGCUAAAAGCAUGGGUUAUAAGCCAUCAGGAUAUUUAAAGGUUAAGGGUGGAAAUGAAAAUCCUGCUAUUACUGCUGUUAAGAGGCAGCUUGGGAGGCAUUAUCAAGAAGAAGGUCCACUACUUGGUAUUGAAUUUGAUCCACUUCCUCCUGGUGCAUUUGAGUUCCCAAGUAGCAAUCCCGUCAAUGAGCCAAUCUAUGAUGGAGAUCCUCAACAAACCCAUUCACCAGAUAUCUCUGGAGUUAUAAAGCUGCCAAAUCUUAACAUUACAAAUGAAGUACAUAAUUCCAAGAUGAGUUCUCAGGAUUCUCAUAUGGAGGGUGCAAAUGAAAUACAAGACAGGAAAUCUCAUCAUCAAUUAAAGUAUAAGUCUUCUUUUCUUUGUCCCAACCCUUUUCCUGGCCAAAACUCUUCUUCAGAUAUCUACAACAGUUCUGCCGAAAAAACUGCUGUCAGUGAUUGCAAACAAAGUUUGAUGAGCUCAAAGCUUGCUGUUGAAAGGAUGGGAUCUGAUUCUUCUUCUAACCAUCCUGGCCCCUAUUGUUGGAAAAUUGCCAAUGAACAUGAAAAGCCUUGGUUGCAUGAUGAUGAUAGUCAUACCUAUAAGGUCCCAAAGAAUGAAAACCUUUCUAGAACUUCAAAUUUGAUACGUGGGUGCAGUGAGUCCCUGGUUACUGAGAGGGGGCCAUUUGUGAGGAUGGCAAAGGUGGAGAAACUUGAUGGAGAGUGGAAGCCGAAUAAGGAGUACCCUGUUAGAGUAAAAAUUGAUCCAACAAAUGAAAUGAGAGUUGCCAAGGGCAUCAAUGUUCAAUUUCCUCAACAAGAUUUUGUGGCAAAUGCAUCACAUGCCAGAUUGCCUCUGUUGACAAAUCAGACUAGAGGAUCUUCCAUGGAUGUACCAUCUAGCUUCAGUGAGGAUGAAACUGCAGAAACUAGUUCUUCCUUGGAUUGACAGCGCAUAUGGUUGAUGGAUUGCAGAGAGGCUUAAGGGGUUAUCUCGACUCCUCGAGACCUGUAUUAAUGUCUGUAUAACUGCUUUUGUACAGCUGAAAAAAGAUUGCCUUCCAUCUUACUAACUGGAAAGCACUGCUAGGAACAUUGGGCUCGGACAGCAUUUUUGUUCACUGUGUUUUGUCCUUGAAUAGUGCUCGGCUGUUAAUAUAUGUACAAGAUCUUUUUCACUAUCUAGUUAAUUAAAUGCUGUGGUAACUUAUCAUGCCAAAAACGAAGUCUUCUCAAAGGGAAUGCAUGAAUCCAAGCAACCCAAAUAUCACAGAUUAAUGGAUCACAAUGUUUCAUGGUAUGUCUCCCAGAAAUUAUUCUCCCAAAUAUCAUGUCCAUGGAGGCUGCCCAACUUA